AUGUUGAAUGCAGAUUGCAGCGAUUGUGGCUCGUCCGAAAAACCCUCGGAAAAACCUUGUGGGCCAUGGCGUAGUCGACUAAUUAGUCGUGAAAAAAUAACCCAAUCUGAUAUGCGUUACCGUCCGGCGUUCGUCAUUUCACAGUUGUACCUGUACCUAUUUACACUAACAGACAGCAGUUAUUUCAUUGCGGGCGGAAUUUCAACAGUCAACAUAUUUUGCCAUUUCCCAGGAGACUACCGGAGCUCCGUGCGAACGGAAAUUAUAUUUGGUGAACUACCCUCCGACCUUUCUGCUCAACCCAUUGAUCGGUCAGCCCAUACAACCACCCUCGCCGAACAGUACUGCGAAUAAAUUCAUACAUGCGCACAAGGUCAAACAUUCGCACCAACACACAUACAUUUACACGGCGGAGUUUCGGCGGUGGCGACGGUGCGUUGGAUGCCCGAAACCGGAUUCCUGGACGACAAACGUCGAAUGUGUACUUGGUAUAUCAAAUAUGAAAACAUACGAUGUAUUCAAAAAUAUAUAUUUCAAUAAAAUGGAA